GGGGGCGGGUGCGAUGGCGGCGGCGGCGGCUUCUCCGCGAAACUGACAACGGCUUUGGAACAGAAUCCAGAUGAUGCAGAACACUACUGUCAACGAGCAUACGCUUAUAUUCUUCUUCAGAAUUACUUGGAUGCUGUUGCAGAUGCAAAGAAGUCUCUGGAACUCAACCCUAGUAAUACUACAGCCUUUCUCAGGAAAGGGUGAAUACCAUAUCAAAAACUAUGCUUCUGCGCUGGACUCUUUCAAAGAGGGACAGAUAUUGGACAAUGUGGAUACCACUUUUACUAUUUGGAUGAAAAAAUGUGAAGAAGCAUUAAACACAGGAUCACAGACUGAAGCGACUACCCACCAGCAAACUUGGCCACCCAAGAUCAAGUAUGACUGGUAUCAAACCGAAUCUCACGUAAUUGUAACUAUCAUGAUCAAGAACACACAGAAGGAUGAUGUCGAUGUACAGUUUUCAGAGAAAGAGAUGAAUGCAUUGGUGAAACUUACAUCAGGAGAAGACUACAAUUUAAAGCUUGUUCUUCUUCAUUCCAUAGUACCAGAGCAAAGUACAUUUAAAGUGCUUUCAACAAAGGUUGAGAUAAAAAUGAAGAAGCCAGAGGCCAUAAGAUGGGAGCAGCUGGAGGGGCAGGGAGAUUCUCCUAAGUUUAAACAGUUUACACCAGACUCCAAACACCUAUAUCCAUCAUCUUCUCAUUAUACAAGGAACUGGGAUCAACUAGUGGGUGAGAUCAAAGAGGAGGAGAAGAAUGAAAAAUUAGAGGGAGAUGCAGCUUUAAACAAACUCUUCCAGCAGAUCUAUUCUGAUGGUACCGAUGAAGUGAAACGUGCCAUGAACAAAUCUUUUAUGGAGUCCGGAGGCACCGUUCUGAGCACCAACUGGUCUGAUGUAGGAAAAAGGAAGGUAGAAGUAAAUCCACCUGAUGACAUGGAAUGGAAAAAAUUCUAAUCUGUGGACUUGACAUCUGUAUGUUGCCUAUACUCACAUACUGACCAUUGUGUAUGGAUUUGAAGCACUGAACAAUCCCAUGAAGAUUAAGAUUUAUCACCUUUUGCAUUUUACAUGCUUUUCAGAUUCCAAUGUCUGCAGGUAUUAAAGGUAUAAUCAGGAAUGGAAGCAUAUUUUUCAUCAUUUCUAUUCAUUAAAUGUUUUUUGGAAGUAGAUUGACUUAAAUCACAAUGCACAUUUUCUACUAGCAUUAUUGGUUCUGUUCUCUAAGGAUGGGGAGAUCUUUAAUGGGCUGUUUAGUAUUAUUGCCUUAUUUUUAAGCCCAGUAUUCCUGUUAAAUAAUUUAUUAGAUCUGGCAACUUUGGGUAAACAUGCUUUUCAACUACAAUGUUAAAAUUAUUUGCUCUUAACAUGGCUUAUGAAUAAAAACGUAAAUAUA